AUGCGUCACCAGUUGCCGGCAGAAAUGGAUCAGUGCGGGUCUGGAAUGGUUGGAAGUGGUUCCUCCCCCUGGAUCGACCGUCGAGCAGCGGCUGUGGAGGGAGGAACGGUCAACAGUUCAGGCCCGGGACCCUUCCUCAGAACGGCCCCACCACCAGCUUUCCUGUCUCUGCGAGAGGAGUCCGGAUGUUCCUGUGGGAGAGGAGGCGACUCUUCGACCGCAGUGUUUACUUCUGCCCAGACCUGGGCUCACUCCUUAACCUCCGUGGACAGCUGUCGGUUUAACAGCAGCACCCUCAGGGGCUGGACCUACGUCUGUUAUAAUGUCUAUGACCACAAGCAGAUCGCCUACUAUGACUUUGCCCAGAGGAAGUUUGUGGCGGUGAAGGAGUGGAUACAGGGGAAUGUGGACACGUGGAACAGGGAGGAGGCGAAACGGACCUACCAGGACAGGAUCCUCACCUGUGGCGGCAAUACCCCCCUCGAUGAGAGAUGGGUGCUGUCCCAGAGAGUGGAACCUGAGAUCACAGUCCGACCUAAAAUGUCCCCCUCCCACUCUGGGCAGUCUGCCCUGCUCACGUGUCAUGUUACUGGGUUUUAUCCUCCCCACAUCAAGCUGACGUGGCUGAAGAACGGAGCCCCAGUUCCCACCGGAGCCAUCAACAUGGACCUGCUGUCAGACGGUGACUGGACCUAUCAGGUGGAGGAACUCCUCCAGUACCACCCAGUGUCUGGGGAUAAAUACACCUGUCAAGUGGAGCACAUCAGCCUGAGAGAGCCCAAGACCAUGGACUGGUAGGUGCAGAGCUUGCCUGAAUCGGAGAGAACCAAGAUCAUCGUGGGAGCGCUGGGCUUUGUGUUCAGGCUGCUCAUCCUGCUGGCUGGAGUUAUAAUGAAGCUGAGGAACACUAAAGGUCUGAUGGGCCCCGCGAUCAGUUAACCGAGCCCCGGGCACGGUGCAGCUUCUGCCCUCGGUGACGGGAUGAUGAAGCAGCCAGCUGUCCCGGGACUGGGACGUGACUCCGGCCCAGUGGGUCGGGAGCUGCUCCGUCUCGGCUUUGGAAACCGCUCAGUCCACAGCAGUGCAGAGGUUCACCGGCAGCUCGUCCCUGCUGAAUGCCCAGUGUGGCUGCAGCUUGUUGUAACCUGGUGUUCGUCCUGUUCUCACUGGUGCAGGGAUUGGCCCCCAGUCUCCUCGUAACACCCCCUCUAUUUCACUGUAACUGUAAAUCUGCAUCUAAAUGUUACUGCUCUCUACAAUUUAUAAAUGAUUUUAUUGCAAAUAUUGAUCUUUGUACCUCCUGAUGGCUCGGUUUUGAUUAAAGACAUUGGGACACCUA